UGUGCGUCUUUCAGGCGUGACGUAUAAUCUAGUGGACGGUUCUUCAGAAACAGCUCGUCAACCACCUCGGUAGCUUGCUAGCCAACGUAGCCGAAAGAUCCAAGCUAUUUAUUCGAUUUCGGUCUAUAUUAGCUACUGUGUUUUAGACACACUUUUGUCGUAUCUACUUGUUAACCUAUUUAAUUUAAUAUUACAUUAUUUUGUAUUAGUCAGCUAUAGUAGCUGGCUGGUUAAGUUAGCACUAGCCUAGUUGCUAAUGCUAGCUAGCUAACAUCCCCGAACAUGAGUUCACUAAACUGCUCGCCUCCUGUUAAAGAAGAGGGGGUCUGCUGGACGGAGGAAGAAGCUCUGGGGCUGAACAUUGUCCUGAAAGAGGAGGAUGUGACAGUAAAACAAGAAGUAGAGGUUGAGGCUGUUACAGUGAAAGAAGAAGAGAAAGACGUUUCAGUUAAAGAAGAGGAAGACGCAUUCAGAGUGAAAGAGGAGGAUGUUACAGUAAAAGAAGAGGAGAAAGAGGAUACAUGUUUUGGAGUGAAAGAUGAGGGGGAGAUGACUGUCACAUUGAAAGAUGAAGUCGAAGAGGAGGAAAUAGGAGAUAGGAUUAACACUAGAGAGAGACGGGACUAUCAUGGAUCCUCUGGGGAGCCUCAACAACAACAUGAUGCUGACGAGGCAGAGCAGAGUCUCUCCACAUCAGAACACCUCAAGAAACACCAGCAGAGACCCGCUAGGAAGAAAUCUAUUUGCUGCUCUGACUGUGGGAAACGUUGCAAAUCUUCAUCAGAUCUUAAAAUACAUCAACGAGGACACACAGGAGAGAAACCAUACUGCUGCUCUGACUGCGGGAAAAGUUUCUCAAGAUCAAAUUCACUAAAAGUACACCUGAGAAUUCACACUGGCGAGAAAUCUCACCACUGUUUUGAUUGUGGGAAGAGUUACUUAAGAUUAAAAUCACUAAAAGUACACAUGAGAAUUCACACUGGAGAGAAACCUUACAGCUGUGAUCAAUGUGGGAAGAGUUUUACUCUAUCUAGCUAUCUGAUUAUACACCAGAGAACACAUACAGGGGAGAAACCGUACAGCUGUUCUCAAUGUGGGAAGAGUUUUACUCAGUCCAGCAACCUGUUAUCACAUCAGAGAAAACACACAGGGGAGAAAUCUUAUAGCUGUACUCAAUGUGGGAAGAGUUUUACUCAGUCAAGCACCCUGUUAUCACACCAGAGAACACACACAGGAGAUAAACCUUAUUGCUGUGAUCAAUGUGGGAAGAGUUUUACUACAUCUAGCCAUCGGAUUGUACACCAGAGAACACACACAGGAGAGAAACCUUAUAGCUGUACUCAAUGUGGGAAGUGUUUUACUCACUUAUGCAGCCUGUUAUCACAUCAGAGAAAACACACAGGAGAGAAAUCUUAUAGCUGUACUCAAUGUGGGAAGAGUUUUACUCAGUCAAGCAACCUGGUAUCCCACCAGAGAACACACACAGGAGAGAAACCUUAUAGCUGUGAUCAAUGUGGGAAGAGUUUUACUUCAUCUAGCAGUCUUAUUGUACACCAGAGAACACACACAGGAGAGAAACCUUAUAGCUGUGAUCAAUGUGAGAAGAGUUUUGUUACAUCUAGCCGUCUUAUUGUACACCAGAGAACACACACGGGAGAGAAACCUCAUAGCUGUGCUCAAUGUGAGAGGAGAUACUCUGAUAAAAGAUCUCUGAUCAAACAUCAGAAAAUACAUACAUGAAGGAGUUGUUUCAUGAUGUAGAAUGCUUUAACAUUGUAUGUUUUAAUUAUGUCACAAUCUAGAUGCCUAAUCGUUUGCCCCGUGUUCUAUUGAUUUCAGCCUGAUAUGGAUAUUAGGCUCAGGGGGAAAAUCCAGGCUCUGAUUUGAACGAGUACUAUUUAUGUGAUUUAACAAAAAGUGACUGACACAAAAAGAGCUGUGUAACACUUACCAUGUUGGUUACCCACUAGAAUCAAAAUGCAACACUUCAAAAUGUAGUGAUCUGCUUUAUACAAAUUGUCCUCUAACCAGGGAUGUACACAUUACUCCUAGAUUCCGUGUGGUUUUUGAGCUGUUAGUUUUAACAGGAUGUGCAACCAUAUCUCCCCACUUUCACGCAAUUGAUUUCAACAUGAUAUCGUUGAGUGAUGAAAAAUAAGUGUUUGUUUAGCGACCCCUACAUUUAAAUGCAUCACUCCAAACUGUAGCUGACUGUCUUCUGCAGGUUGUCCUGUAACCAGUGAGGUAAAAGAUAUCUCCCAUUUCCAUGUGUUUUUUAGCUGUGUUAGUUUCAACGUACAACCUACUUUCCCCCCUAAUCGAUUUCAGUGAUUUAGUGCUACUUGUCAAAACAACAGCGUUUCUGGUGUUUGUGCUGUUUAUAAUGAGCUUGUUUAAAAAAUUCAAGUAAUAUGAUUGUUGCAGGUUUUUGUAUUAAGUGAAUUAUUGCCAAUACAUAUUAAUGUACAUUUGGUUUUGAUAUUUUUUAUUUACAAUUCAUGUAACAUUUAGUAAUCUUAAUUAUCAUAAUUAUUUAUGCAACCAGCUGACCAUUUUUGGGUACAAUUAUAUUGACAUUGUUGCCUUGCUUUUAGAAUAUCAGGGUUCAUUCUCAGAUGUGCCAACCCAAAUGUACUAGAGGAUGACAUUGGGGACUGGUCCCCGAUCCAACAACAUGCCUAUCAAGUGAACCCUGAAAAGAGAGCGAGGCUCCGCAGUGAGGUGGAAAAUUACUACGGAUAUUGCCCGAGUUUCCUCUUGAAAUCAGACAUGUUCGUUUUAAAGAAAACUUGCUGAUUGUCUCACGGGUGGGCACUCUAAAUGUUUGUGUUUUGCGUUUAGCCAGUGCGUUACCAUGGAUCACAGUUUAUUUUGACUGCACAUUUUUCCGUAUUGGAGAUGAGUGUUGUUUGGUUCUAGAAGCUAGUGGGGGAAAACAUUUUUUACAUUUGUUUUAAUUGUUGACAGCCAGUCGACAUCAUGUUCAUAUUUUAACCCGAACUUUCUAGUUUUAGGAUUCUAGAAAGAAAAAGGAGAGAACUAAUAUGAUUGUAUAUUAUUAUUUAGAAAUGUGUUUUUUCUUGUUUUUUAGUUGUUGACAGCCAGUAGACACCAUGUUUAUAUUGGUGAAGGUGAAGCAUUUUAGUUGAUAUUAAUAUGAAAUGGAUGUUGUUUUCUGUUGGUGAUGAGAACUUAUCCAACAAAAAUAUAGGAUAUAUUUGUUGUCUUAAGGGGGAAGGUGUUACAGGCUUUGGUUUUUCCAUUCAUGUUUUGAGGUUGGACUUUAGCCCGUAUAGCUCGUUAGCACUGUGAGGGAAUUUUCUGUUAAACCUUACUAAUGCUUGUGUAGUAAAAUCUCAUUCUUUAAGCCGAGGCAUUGGGCUUGAGAUUGGUAAAGAACCUAACUCCUAUAACAUAGAAAAGUGUGUUGAUAUAGGCCUGUUCUAACUCAAAUCAAAUUUUAUUUAUGUAGCCCUUCUUACAUAGCGAAGUGCUGUACAGAAACCCAGCCUAAAACCCGAAACAGCAAGCAAUACAGGCGUAGAAGCACGGUAACUAGGAAAAACUCCCUAGAAAGGCCAAAGCCUUGGAAGAAAUCUAGAGAGAAACCAGGCUAUAAAGGGUGGCCAGUCCUCUUCUGGCUGGGCUGGGUGGAGAUUAUAACAGAACAUGGCCAAGAUGUUCAAAUGUUCAUAAAUGACCAGCAUGGUCAAAUAAUAAUUACAAUAGUUGUCGAGGGUGCAACAGGUCAGCACCUCAGGAGUAAAUGUCAGUUGGCUUUUCAUCACCGAUCAUUGAGAGUAUCUCUACCGCUCCUGCUGUCUCUAGAGAGUUGAAAACAGCAGGUUUGGGACAGGUAGCAUGUCCGGUGAACAGGUCAAGGUUCCAUAGCCACAGGCAGAACAGUUGAAACUGGAGCAGCAGCACGGCCAGGUGGACUGGGGACAGCAAGGAGUCAUCAUGCCAGGUAGUCCUGAGGCAUGGUCCUAGGGCUCAGGUCCUCUGAGAGAGCAAAAGAAAGAGAAUUAGAGAGAGCAUGCUUAAAUUCACACAGGACACCGGAUAAGACAGGAGAAAUACUCCAGAUAUAACAAACUGACCCUAGCCCCCCGAAACAUAAACUACUGCAGCAUAAAUACUGGAGGCUGAGACAUGAGGGGUCAGGAGAUUCUAACUGUUCUGGGUGUGUAGAAUGAACCCAUGAUGUUCGGACACUCAGCCAAGAAUAUGAUAGAAACUGACUGGUUCCUCUUGAUCCUCCACAGAGUAAAGGUUAUAUCCUGCACACCAGUAACAUAGCUAUUGUUUUGGAGCCUGUUUUUGGGGAAAUAUUCUGGUGGAGAAAUCAGAAUUAGCUAAGUAACAUAGUAACAUAGUUAAGAUGUAUUACCUGCAGAAUAUGCUGAUAUGAACUAUUGACCUCUUGUUAUUUGAAUGUCUCCUUCCCCCAUCAAAUGGGCCUCAGUCACUUUGGGUCCAGAGAUGGGAGAUGUCAGGCUUAUCGAUCACAUGUCCCUGUUGCUAUGCAGAAUAUCAGCAUCGAUCACAUGUCCCUGUUGCUAUGCAGAAUAUCAGCAUCGAUCACAUGUCCCUGUUGCUAGGCAGAAUAUGAGCAUCGAUCACAUGUCCCUGUUGCUAUGCAGAAUAUCAGCAGAGAGUAAGGCAAAGGAGAUCUGAAGGAAAAAUUGUUUCCAUAUGUGAACUGUGUGUUUAAUGCAAACCAUGUGAAGGGAUGGCGUGAGUAAUGGGAACCAAUCACUUGUCUCCACAGUGUCUGUGCGCCGGUCACCUCCUCCUAGGGGGAGAUUGUAUUUGGGGCCCAAGGUGUGGCACAGGAUGUGUGGGGUUGGUGUUUGGAACCAUUGUACGUCAUCUCUGAAGUUGCACCUAUCCUGAGAUAGUAUAUAACCCAGAAGCAAGCCUCCUUGUUUUAAUAGAAGUAAAACCUUGAUUGAUUAUUAAUUUAGCCUCUCAUUAUUGAUUAUGGGUAGAAUUUCCACCACAGCACGUAGGGCGAACCGAUUGGUAUCACCUCUUUAGUCAGAAUGUGUUACACCUGUGCUGGCUUGUCCGUCUUGUUAGGGUUGGAUGUUGCAUACAUUUGUUAAUAUUGUAAUCAAUGACAUUUCCUUAGGGUGCUCAUUAAUUAGUCUUUCAGUUGUUAAUCUUCUGUUUUUUAUCCUCUUAUGUUUGUUGCGUAGUAGAUAUUUCUGUUUAUUUUCAUCGUUUUUUAAAUAAAUGUAUUCCUGUGAAGCCA